CACUGUUACAUUGCACAUCGAAAGAGAAGUGGUGAUCGGUAAGUAGAUAGGUACGUAGGUAGUUACAAUGCAGGCAGUACGAACGUAUAAAGCAUCAACAACUUGCUCCCCGUUGACCAGACGGCAUCUUCCCAUCUGCAUCUCAUCUCUUCCUCUCUUUUCAAAACCACAACACAACCAACCAAGAACUUUCUCAACCACCAUCUUGACCAAACCACAACCACAUCGACAACCAAAACCAACCCCAUACAAGCCCAAAUUCCAAACCGCAACCAUGGCCUCCACCACCAAGGGUAACGCCAUCCCCACGGCUUCCAAGCUUUCAGACCUCUUCAGCCUCAAGGGUAAAGUCGUCGUCAUCACCGGUGCUUCCGGUCCUCGAGGCAUGGGCAUCGAAGCCGCCCGUGGCUGCGCCGAGAUGGGCGCCUCAGUAGCCAUCACGUACGCCUCGCGGGCCGAUGGCGCUCAAAAGAACGUUGCCGAGCUGGAGAAGGAGUACGGAAUCAAGGCCAAGGCCUACAAGCUGAACGUGGCCGACUACGCGGAAUGCGAGAAGCUGGUCAAGGACGUCAUUGCGGAUUUCGGCCAGAUUGAUGCUUUUAUUGCCAACGCCGGCGCCACAGCCAAGUCGGGUGUCCUCGACGGCUCCAAGGAGGAAUGGGACCGCGUCAUCGAAACGGACCUCAACGGCACCGCCUACUGCGCCAAGGCGGUCGGCCCGCACUUCAAGGAGCGCGGCCGCGGCUCCUUUGUCAUCACAAGUUCCAUUUCCGGCCACAUCGCCAACUACCCCCAGGAGCAGACGUCGUACAAUGUCGCCAAGGCCGGCUGCAUUCACAUGGCCCGGUCGCUGGCCAACGAGUGGCGCGACUUUGCCCGUGUCAACAGCAUCUCGCCCGGUUACAUUGACACCGGCUUGUCGGACUUUGUCGACCAGAAGACGCAGGAUUUGUGGAAGAGCAUGAUUCCACUGGGCAGGAACGGCGAUGCAAAGGAGUUGAAGGGCGCCUAUGUUUACUUGGUUAGCGAUGCCAGCAGCUAUACCACCGGUGCGGAUAUCUUGAUUGACGGUGGAUACACUGUCCGCUAAAGGACGAGCGCGGAGAAGAGACCUGGUCCCGGAAUCAGAUCACCCGGGAGUUACGUCAUACGGCAUGGGUGCACAGGCCACCCGGAGCCGGAAAUAUGGGGCGUGUUCGGAUCCGAGAUGCCGUGGAUGCGAUGCACCUCGCUCGAUUCGCUUGCAGUUAGCCCCUUGAGCAUUAUGUAGAAGCCUGUACGAAGUCAUGAAUAAUGUCAAAUUAAGCAAUGUUAUAACACCAUGAUCCCAGGACUUCGAGAUGUCUGUCAGCCACUGCGUUCCCCCGCUCCAGCGGCAUGAUUGAACUUGAAUACUCCUCGGAGUUCAAGACCUUCAAUUCCGGACCCUUAACCGACCAUCACUGUCAUCCCCUUAAGAUUCUUCCCAGCCACCUUCACAGCAGCAGCUGCAUGUACCAGUUCCGCCCCUUCCAGAGUCCCAACCUGAACCGUAGCCUUCUCCCUUGGCCACAGCGUCAAGUAAUUAUCAUCCCAA